CGUUCUUUUGUCGCAGGACCAGCGUUUUAAUGCAUCGUUAUGAACUAUUUUAGCUAUUCAGUCAAUGACUGAAAUCACGCUUCGUGACAUGAGUGGACAUGAAUAGCUCUGAUUUUGUUAUUGUGAAAUCUUGAAUGUUAAACAGGAAGUGAGUUUUGGGAACGGCGGGCAGAGUUCUUACGGAUCUGGUACAAAGUGAGCAAAUAAUUCUAUCCACCAACUUGACAAAAUCAAAAUAAUUCAACCAGGACUAUAACGCUGAAUGAAAGUCAUGACACAAAGAAGUCCAUCUAUUGUUGUUGUCGGUGCUGGUGUCGCAGGACUCGCCGCAGCCAAAAAGUUGAAGGAAUACGGGUUCGAUGACGUCACCGUUCUGGAAGCCUCCGAGAAGGUCGGAGGAAGAGUAGCUUCUGCAACAAUAGGGAGUGCAUGUGUUGAUACCGGUGCGCAGUACAUCCAUGGGGCAACAGACAAAAACCCAGUCUACCUUCUUUUGAAAAAGUCUGGCCUUUUAAGCCAGGUCCCUGAGGAUGGAUCAGAAAAAUUUUACAAUAACAAAGGACAAGAAGUGGAUGCAGAUGUGACCACACGUGUGUAUGAAGCAGGAGAGCGUAUACUCCUAUACCAUGGCUCCAGCACAGGAAAGAGUUUGGGUGAGCACUUUGCAGAAAAAACCAAAGCUGUGAUUGACAGCUUGGAAGAUGAUGAGACGAAGAUAAGAAUGCAAAGUGUUUUUGCUUUGGUUGGGAAGGACAUGCUCAUUGACAUUGGAGCUUCAGACCUCCAUAGCGUCUCUCUUGACUCCUGGGAGUAUUACACCGACAUGGGGGACAACCUUGAUGUCCCAGGGUUAAUGUUUCGACUGGUGGACAUGCUCUUGGAGGACUUUCCUAAGGAACGUCUGCUAAUGAAAAGGGAAGUUAGUAAGAUCAAAUGGGACGGGUCCUUCUCUGCAGUAAAGGAUGUGCCAGCCCCUCCUUCUGAUGAAUCUCUCUCUGCACCCGUUUCUGGAGGAAAUGUCCGCCACUAUCCUGUUUGCAUUGUUUGUGAGAAUGGAGAAGAGAUUCUGGCUGAUCAUGUAAUAGUCACUGUUUCACUAGGCUUUCUAAAGGCACAAGCAUUGAACCUCUUCAGCCCCAGUCUCCCAGCCGAGAAAAUGGAGGUCAUCAACAAGUUGUGCUUUGGCAAUAUUGCCAAGAUCUUUCUAGAGUACGAGCAAGCCUUCUGGGAGGAUGGUGUUGGUACUUUCAGUUUCAUUUACGUGGACGACUCCCCCACCUCAGUGUCCACCAAUAAAACUCAGUGGCUGAAAAACAUUCAGUUCUUUUCCGUCCUGAGGCCUAAAGAAAGGUUCGGCAAUAUCUUGGUUGGUUGGUGUCCAGGGGACAUAGCUGACCUGAUUGAAACAAUGACGGAAGAUGAUCUCUCGUCUGCUAUCACAGAACAUCUUAGAAUGUUUUUUGGGAAAUCAGACAUUCCACGACCAAAGUCUGUACAUUCCACUAAGUGGCGCAGCAACAGAUUCAUAAAGGGUUCCUACACGCACCUUCCUGUUGGUGUAAACGGACAAGUUAUGGACACGCUGGCACAGCCGCUAAUGGGCAGCCACCGCCCAAAUGAAAAUCUUCAGGUCAUGUUUGCGGGGGAAGCGACGAUGAAGUCUCUUUAUGGCACAGUGCAUGGAGCUCUGCUGUCUGGACACAGAGAAGCAGACAGAUUGGCAGCACAUUACAAAAAGGACCCACCUUCCACUGCUUCAUUAGACAAACCAGUUUAGACAAUAACAUGUAUGUAUUUGGCAGAUGGUUUUAUCCAAAGCGACAUACAUUGCAUUGUACUACACAUUUGUUUCUAUGUGCAAUGUCUGGGAUCAUACCCAUCACCUAGGUGUUGUUAAUGCCAUGCUCUAGUCUAAUCACUGAGCUAGCUGUGUUUUUUCAUCUGGUUGUUUACAUAGUUGAACGUAUAUGACCCCUAGUGGGUAUUUGUGGUUAAAAAAAAAAAUCAAGUGAAUUGUCUAUUUGUUUUUGUAGAAUUGUUUUUAUAUCUGAUGCCUUUGAUCUCCAUAAUGGUUCCUGAUCAGAGAUUUCCUCUGCAUGUUUUUUUUUAAUAAAACCAAAAUCUAGAUAAGGAUUGUACACAACAGGAAAAUGAAAUGGUAAAUAACAGCCUGUAUAAAUCAAUUUUUAUUGUAAAAUAUGUAUUAUAAGUACAUAAAUAAAAUUCAAAAGGA